AUGGAAGAUACCUUUAACUUGACCGUCCUAGGUGGGGUUAUUGUCCUGUACAGCUUAGGGCUGGUUAUUUACCGAUUGUAUUUCUCUCCACUGGCAAAAUUCCCAGGCUCUAAACUUGCCGCCGCGACGGGAUGGUACGAGUUUUACUUCGAUUACUGGAUAGGUGGGAAAUACGUGUUCGAGAUUGAGCGGAUGCAUCAAGUAUACGGCCCCAUCAUUAGAAUUAACCCGCACGAGCUAUCCAUCCGCGAUCCGGACUUCUAUAAUGAAAUCUAUGUCACGGAAAACAAACGUCGAAGCAACCACUAUGAUUUGUUCGCCCGAGGAAUUGGAAUGGACGACGCGAGAGUAGAAAGCCACAUCGUAACAGUCGAUCACAACCUCCACCGCAAGCGAAGAAAACCUCUCGAGCCAUUCUUCUCCCGAGCGGGCAUUGCUCGACUGGAGCCAGCACUUGUGGAGAUGUCUCUGAAGCUUGAAUCACGACUCCGCCAAUACGAGGGGAAGCACACGGUGGUCACGCUGGAUCAUGCUUUCUCUGCCUUCUCAGGUGAUAUCAUAAGACGGGUCUGUUUCAAUAAGGAUGAUUUCGGAGAUCUUUUUAUGGAUCAUCCUGAUUUUUCGCCAGAUUGGUACAACCUCAUCCAUAACAUCUUAAGACAUUUCCCUGUAUUUACUGGGUUUCCUUUGAUUGCCAGGAUUGUGACUUACAUCCCUGAGUCCAUCCUCCUCAAGGCCUUCCCUCAAGGCCAAUCUCUAAAUCGACUUAAGGAUGUAGCCCUACAGAGAAUCACCCACGUCAUGAACUCCAAAGCCACCGAACUCAAGGAUACCCACCGCGAAGUCUCGCUUUUCCACCAUAUCGUCGAAAGUGAUAUGCCCGAGUCCGAACGGUCCCCCGAGCGCCUGGUCCAGGAAGCACAGGUUCUCCUGAGCGCGGGUACAGUCACCACUGCCCGCACAAUUGCAUUCGCCUCAUUCUAUAUUCUUGCAAGAUCGGAGAUCAAGGCAAAAUUACAGGCUGAAUUGAGGGAUGCGAUGGACGGUUGGCCAGAGAAGGUUCCUACAUUCAUGGACCUAGAGCGGUUGCAGUAUCUUCAGGCCAUUAUUAAGGAGUCUCUACGGUUGAGCUAUGGCAUCAUGCACCGUCUUCCACGGGUUUCUCCUGACCUGCCGAUUCAAUACAAAGAUUUUACAAUCCCCGUUGGGACCCCCGUGGGCAUGUCCUCUUACUUCAUGCACACAGACCCAACCGUCUACCCCGACCCCAUGACAUUCCGCCCAGAGCGCUGGCUCGGUGCCAUCGACCCAGCCAUGCAUCGGAACUACGUUCCCUUCACCCGUGGUUCAAGAAACUGUCUCGGAAUGAAUCUGGCCAUGGCCGAGAUUUCUCUCAUUCUGGCUGUUCUCUACCGUCCCAAUGGACUGAAGCUGGAGCUGUACGAGACGGAUGAAACGGAUGUGAUGAUAGCGCAUGAUUUUAUGGCCCCCAUGCCGAAGGUCACUUCUAAGGGUGUGAGGGUUUUGAUACGGUGA